CGAUAAGUACCCAGCCCAGUACUACGGCCAUCCAUGAGCUCUCAGACGAGCUCCACACCAGCUACCCGCACGCUAGAACAUUGAACAUCACGUCAACGACUUGAUGGGUGCUGGACAGGCCUUAAACCUCCUCCUCUGUUCACCUCUCUACACUUUCCUAAACCUCACCCAAUAAGCACACGGUGCUCCUCCGAAACUUCGCCUGUAGCUAGAUCGCCAACCUGCUUAGCUAGGUAGCACGGUCUCCCAUGUACAGCAGACUUUCACAACUAGCACGACACCUUUCCCGCCCGAUUCCCAACUACGCGCACCGUUCAGCGGCAUCGAGUCUCACGAGUUCGCUCGUGCAUCCGGCGCCAGCAAGCAUAAUGGCUGCGGAGCGACAGAAGGCGAUGAUACAUACGGCAGGAUGCAUAAUCAUUGGUGACGAGGUGUUGGGUGGGAAGACAGUAGACUCGAACUCGGCCUUUUUCGCCAAGUACUGCUUCUCCCUAGGGAUACAGCUGAAGAGGAUUGAGGUCAUUGCCGAUGACGAGGCAGAGAUCGUAGAGGCUACGAGGCGCAUGUCGACGACGUACGACAUGGUGGUCACAUCUGGAGGGAUCGGUCCGACGCACGACGAUAUCACCUACCAAUCGAUAGCAAAAGCUUUUGACCUACCAUUAAAGGAGCAUACAGAGGCAUUUGAGCGCAUGAAAAGGCUAUCAAGACCACAUAAAUCGCAACCUGACUUUGAUUGGAAUGUGCCAUCGCCAGCAUUGAAUGCAAAGAAACGGAUGAUCAUACUUCCGACCGAUAAUUCAAGGCCUCUCGAGGACCAAGUCGUGUUCGUUUCAGACGAACUAUGGGUGCCAAUCAGUGUGGUCAAUGGAAAUGUCCACAUAUUACCAGGUGUUCCUAGGCUAUUCGAGCAGAUGCUGAUGGGAUUAAAAGCUAGUCUAUUACCUCGCCUGACCGACCCCGAAGGCAAAGGCGUCUAUAGAUUAUUAUUUUCCACACCUCUUGCAGAAAGUGCAGUUGCGGAAUACCUGACCGAACUGGCCAGUAGGGUAGAGGCCAAAGGCAUCAAGGUUGGAAGCUAUCCUAGGUGGGGCAAGGAUCGUAACACAGUCACACUGGUUGGGCGGGAUUUGGAAUUCAUGGAGAGCUUGGUCCCUGAAGUUGAAAAGGCUGUUCGGGGACAUAGAGUAUCGACCGAGGACGAAGAUGAUGCGCUGGAAGCGGACAACAACGCUGAGAAGUAGUAAUGUAAAGCCAGGAUGUCCGGCUGUAUCCCUGUAACUAUGGAUCGUCAAAUCCUUGGUCAAUGUAUCAGCUGAGGUUGGGAAGGUUUACUGCGAAAUAUCUUCGAACUGUACGAUCUUCCUAUUAUCAGUCAAGGCAGCUGUCCGAGGCAAACGUGCCAACGACGAAGUACUCGAAUAUUGUGUACAGCUUAUCAAGUAUAGCUCCAAGGUCUUUCAUCGAAGCUAUACUAUCGUAAGGGCUAGUCUUUCAGCAGUGGAUCUGUAGGCUUGCUCGCCACGCGACGACUAGGAGGCGUAGAGUGAGCCUGACAUGGUAUUUGACUCCUCAAUGCUGACGUUGUCGGAAACACCUGUUCUUUGCAGGGAACAUGCUGCCAUGCGUUCUGCAAGACCUAAUAGUGCAGUGGUACGUUUCAGCAAUCCGAGACGAAUAGAAGC